AUGGUCAACAUAACCCACCGUAAGAAAACAAUAAUUUCUAACUCAGAUGAACAGCUAACUACGAGUAAGGUAAGCAACUCUACCUCGCUUACUAAGGACGACGUUAGAGCAAUAUUUAGAGAGGAAUUUAAUUUUAUGAGGUCUGCAUUAGUUGAAGAGCUUCAACAAACUCUGAAACAAAUGGUUAGGGCUGAACUACAAUCAAUGAAGAAUGAGAUAACUUCCUUAGAAAGCAGCGUCAUCUUUUUGAAUAACAAUUACGAAACUACCAAAACUGAAAUCACCACGUACCGAGAUUCACUAAAAGAUCUUCAAAAAGAGAAUAUUAAUUUGAUUAACACCGUUCAGGAUUUAACUACGAGGCUAAAUGUCAUGGAACAACAUAACAGGUCCAGCAACCUAGAAUUUCAAUGUGUACCAGAACACAAAAACGAGAAUUUGAUCUCGAUAAUAACUCAGAUAUCGAAAGUUAUAUCGUGCGACUUAAAACAGAACGACAUUCACCAUUGCACACGUGUCGCGAAAACAAACAAAGAUGAUAAUAGACCACGUUCCAUAGUGGUAAAACUGGCGUCACCUAGACUUCGAGAUACAUUUCUGGCCAACACUAUCAAAUUUAAUAAAGCUAACCCGAAUGACAAGAUCAACACUAGCCAUAUAGGAAUGGGAGGUAACAAAGCACCAAUCUAUGUCGCAGAACAUCUGUCCCCUACCAAUAAAAAACUGCAUGCGGCUGCUCGACUAGCUUCCAAAGAAAAAGGUUAUAAGUUCGUGUGGGUUAAACAGGGACGAGUAUUUAUGCGCAAGGCAGAAAACACUGAUUAUGUUUAUGUUAAAAAUUUAGACAUUCUUAACAAACUUCAAUAG